AUGACUGGUACCGCCGUGACAACGGCAACCACGACAACUACAACCACCCUCAAUCUCAAAGGCUCAUCAUCUUCUUCCACUUCUUCUUCGGCGCCAGCAGCGAAAAGCACAAAUGGAAGUGGUUCAGAUGAUCUCGACAUCUACGACGAAAUCGAAAUCGAAGACAUGACCUACGACCCAACCCUCCAAAUCUACCAUUACCCGUGCCCCUGUGGCGAUCGAUUCGAGAUUGCGAUUGCCGAUUUGAGACAAGGGGAGGAUGUCGCGGUGUGUCCGAGUUGUAGUUUGAUGAUUCGGGUGAUUUUCGAGGUGGAGGAUUUGCCUGCUGAAGAGACAAAGGGGUGA